AUGAAAUUCUCUCAAUUCUAUGAUGAAUGUUCGACUAUGGGUAAUGAAAUGUCAUGUGCAAAUUCAUCGUAUUUUUAUUGUAAUCAAUCUUUAAAAUGCAUUUCAUAUCAUCGUGUUGGCGAUGGAUUCAGAGAUUGUUAUUAUAAUGAAGAUGAAUUAUUUCCUACAUGUCACUUGAAUAUCUCAAAUCGAUUUAAUUGUACAUCAGAUUCAACUAAGUGCUUAUCGCCUGUAGCGAUUGAUGACGGAAAAGGUGAUUGUUCAAAAACAGAGGAUGAGAUAUCUAACUAUAUGGAUAAGAUCCGACAAUCAUUAGUAUUUCCAUCUAUAUGUUACUCUCGUCUAAAUGUACUUGGUGAUGAAACAAACUGUGAAUGGUGGCCAUGUCAUAAUGCAUACACCCAUUGUGAUGGAAGGUGGGAUUGUCUUAACGGUAUCGAUGAACUUAAUUGUCCAGAUACAGAUUGCUCAUGGAAUAAUUUUCAAUGUAAAAACUCUACGUUGAAUUUAACUUAUUGUUUACCAUUAGUUCACAUGUUCCAUAAGCGAAGAGAUAAUUGUACGAUUGACAAAUAUAUUCGACAACUUUAUUUCUACAAUGGAACAAAUGACAUUGACAGAUCUUACUAUUCGUUUAACCAAUCUAAAUGUAUAACUGAAGACAACAUUUGUAAUCAUCAUUCAGAAAGAGCAUAUAUACAACAAGAAGAUGUAUGCCUUAAGAAGCAAAUGUUUGGCAUAAUAGUCUUGGAUAAUAAUAAAAUCCACAAAGUCGAUAAUAAUAGUAAUGAUAGAUACUUAUGUGAACUUCAAAGUAAAAUCAUCCCAAUACAUCGUACUAAUGAUCGUUUUUUAACUCCUUUGCGACUUGGCUAUUUUCCGUCAACAACAUCUACAAGUUCUGUUCAAAGAUUUUUUGACAAAUAUGAACAAAAAAAUGAUAUACCUAAGAUAGACAAUGCACUUGUUGAAUAUUGUCAUUAUGGUGUUCUCACUCUAUUCAAAGGUGUUAAUCAAACAAAAACAUGUCUCUGUCCACCGAAUUAUUUUGGUUCACAAUGUCAAUGGCAGAAUCAACGUAUUAGUUUGACUUUACAAUUUAAAACACAAGUUAUUAUUUCUCCUCCUUUUAUUUUUCAAUUUAUCAUUAUGCUAAUUGAUGAACAAGGAAAUAUUGUAUCAAAUCAUGAACAAAUAAUAUAUAUACCAGCUCAGGAAUGUAAAACAAAGUUUAAUGUCUAUUUACUCUAUCCACAUCGUCCUAAACAUUCAUCAAUAAAUUAUUCAAUUCGUAUUGAUCUGUUUGAUAAAUCAACAUUAGAGUAUUGGACAAGUUGGUAUAUAUCAAUUCCAUUUCAAUUUCUUCCUGUUAAUCGUAUAUCAACUCAGUUAAUCAUUCCUGAAGUAAAAAAAACUGAA